GAGAGCGGUGGCGGCGGCGGCGGCUGCGCCGGGCUGUGUGUCUCUCGCCGCCGGAGGAAGAUGAGGCUGAAGAUCGGGUUCAUCUUACGCAGUUUGCUGCUGGUGGGAAGCUUCCUGGGGCUGGUGGUCCUCUGGUCUUCCCUCUCCUCGCGUCCCGACGAGCCGAGCCCGCUGAGCAGGAUGAGGGAAGACAGAGAUGUCAAUAACCCUCUGCCUAACCGAGGAGGCAAUGGAUUAGCUCCUGGGGAUGACAGAUUCAAGCCUGUGGUACCAUGGCCUCAUGUUGAAGGAGUAGAAGUGGACUUAGAGUCUAUUAGAAGAAAAAACAAGGCCAAAAAUGAACAGGAGCGUCAUGCUGGAGGAGAUUCCCAGAAAGACAUAAUACAGAGGCAAUUCCUCACAUUUAAGCCUCAGACUUUCACCUACCAUGAUCCUGUGCUACGCCCGGGGGUCCUCGGUAACUUUGAACCCAAAGAACCCGAGCCCCAUGGAGUGGUUGGUGGCCCUGGAGAGAAAGCCAAACCAUUGGUUCUGGGACCAGAAUACAAGCAAGCAGUUCAAGCCAGCAUUAAGGAGUUCGGAUUUAACAUGGUGGCAAGUGACAUGAUCUCGCUGGAUCGCAGCGUCAAUGACUUACGCCAAGAAGAAUGCAAGUACUGGCAUUAUGAUGAGAACCUGCUCACUUCCAGCGUCGUCAUUGUCUUCCAUAAUGAAGGAUGGUCAACCCUCAUGAGGACAGUGCACAGUGUCAUCAAAAGGACACCAAGGAAGUAUUUAGCAGAAAUUGUGCUAAUUGAUGAUUUCAGCAAUAAAGAGCACUUAAAAGGAAAACUGGAUGACUACAUAAAACAGUGGAAUGGCCUCGUAAAGGUGUUUCGAAAUGAGAGAAGAGAGGGUUUGAUUCAAGCUCGAAGCAUUGGUGCGCAGAAGGCUAAACUUGGACAGGUUUUGGUAUACCUUGAUGCCCACUGUGAGGUGGCAGUUAACUGGUAUGCGCCACUUGUAGCUCCCAUAUCUAAGGACAGAGCAACAUGUACUGUGCCUCUAAUAGAUUACAUAAACGGGAAUGAUUAUUCCAUUGAACCACAGCAAGGUGGGGAUGAAGAUGGUUUUGCCAGAGGGGCCUGGGACUGGAGUAUGCUAUGGAAACGUAUUCCACUAAACCACAAGGAAAAGGCCAAAAGAAAACAUAAAACUGAACCUUAUCGGUCUCCAGCGAUGGCUGGUGGAUUAUUUGCCAUUGAGAGAGAGUUCUUCUUCGAACUGGGUCUCUAUGAUCCUGGUCUCCAGAUUUGGGGUGGCGAGAACUUUGAAAUCUCAUACAAGAUCUGGCAGUGCGGUGGGAAAUUAUUAUUUGUCCCUUGUUCUCGCGUUGGACACAUCUACCGUCUUGAGGGCUGGCAAGGAAACCCUCCCCCCCUUUAUGUGGGGUCUUCUCCAACUCUUAAGAAUUAUGUCAGAGUUGUAGAAGUCUGGUGGGACGAGUACAAAGACUACUUCUACGCCAGCCGUCCUGAGUCAAGGGCACUGCCAUAUGGGGACAUAUCUGAGCUGAAGAAAUUUCGAGAAGACCACAACUGCAAAAGCUUCAAAUGGUUUAUGGAAGAAAUAGCUUAUGACAUCACUGCCCACUACCCUUUGCCACCCAAAAAUGUUGAGUGGGGAGAAAUCCGCGGCUUGGAGACUGCAUACUGUAUUGAUAGCAUGGGGAAAACCAACGGAGGCUUCGUUGAGCUAGGACCCUGCCACAGGAUGGGCGGGAACCAGCUUUUCCGAAUCAAUGAAGUAAAUCAGCUCAUGCAAUAUGACCAAUGUUUGACAAAGGGGCCCGAUGGAUCCAAAGUCAUGAUUACACACUGCCACCUCAAUGAAUUUAAGGAGUGGCAGUACUUCAAGAGCCUGCACAGGUUCACUCACAUCCCUUCAGGAAAGUGCUUAGAUCGAUCAGAUGUCCUGCACCAAGUGUUCAUCUCCAGCUGUGACUCCAGUAAAACGACUCAGAAGUGGGAAAUGAACAACAUCCACAGUGUUUAAAGAGUCCACGGAAACCAACACUCUACCUACUGACAAGUACACGUAGAGAGGACUGCGAACCGCCUGGAACCUGCUGCAAGCACUAUUAUUGAUUCUGUACAGCUCCAAACCUGGAACCUCUGAUCGGAUGGAAAGACGUUGAUAAACUGUGAUUUUCACAAUAACAUCAUCUGCAGUUACUGUUUACAAAACUGCUUUUACCUUAAACUCCGUAGAUGUUUACAUCACUUUUCUUUUGUUUUAAGAUGACGUUGGUAAUUUGUGCCUUUAACUCGGUUUUCAGAACAGAGUUAAAGCAUAUGUUGUCUUCUUUGGGAAUACACUCAGGGGUCUGAAAGGCAGUUUGGUUUUUGUUGUUGUUGUUCUUGUUUUUUAACACACUUGAAAAAAAAAAGGUUGGAGUAACCAGACUUUCGUAUAUGACUUGGUGGUUAUCAACCUGUUGUGUCUUUAUUUAAUUUUACAUCUUUCUGAAGCACUGCCACAGGUCGUUAGCCAAGGUGGCCUUCCUUCAGUCAUGCUGCUUGUUUGAAAGGUGAAUUUCCACACAUUUAGUGCCUCUUUCAUUUUUCAGUAUAUUUUUGAGAGCUUAUAUAGAAAUUUAUAUGAUGGUAACAAUGGAUGGACUGUCACCUGUAUGGGCCAUACUUCUGUCACUUAGAAAUGAAUUUCUGGGCUGCCAUUGAUAUGAAGUUGAAUGAUGUGUGGCUGGAAGAAAAAUGACAAUGGGGACCAUCUCAAGGCCAUUCCAUAGGGCUUGAAGAUUCUGUGGCAUUAACCCCAUGCCCUCUGCUCGCACCAACUUCUAGGCUAGCAAAGGGUCUUCCCAGUAAAGAAAACUUCUAGGCUAGCAAAGGGGUCUUCCCACUAAAGAAAACUUCUAGGCUAGCAAAGGGUCUUCCCACUAAAGAAACAUCGCCCACCCACCUACAUUUUACAUCUACAUUCCCCGGUAUCUAUAGAAAACUAGAAAUACUUCUCAGUUUAAAACUUGAAAGGGCCUGAGGUAACGGGGAUGACAACACAAUCAAAUCUAGUGUCAACAAUUAAAGGUUAGAUCUGAGGUAAGAAUUCCCAAGCCCUUGUUGGAUAUAAAGCCUUAGAAAACUGUAGUGCAGCCUAAGCUGUGAAACCAAGAUGAGCUGACACUUGUCUUCAUCCAAAUGAAAUGCCAUGCACAUUGUUUUUUAAUUUAAGAAAAUUAGCGUCUGAGAACACAGAUCGUCAACAAAUGUGAACUACGUUCUUUUGAGUUAGGUGUUAGUUCUGUAGGGUUCCUUAAUUUCUUUUUUAGGAAAGGUUUUUGUUUUUUAUUUACCAGUGAAAAGAUUUAAUUUAAACACAUUAUUACCUACUUUAAGAGAACCAAAUGUUGCAAAUUUUAAUUUCUAAGAAAUCUUCUCUUACCCAAUAUUAAAAUGUCUGCAUUGAGUGCCAAAAAGAACAGCCAUGUGAUAGGAUGGGGCAGGUAAAUUAAACAUUUUUGAUCUUGCAAUCACGGUAUCAUUAUAAUGAAAGAAAUUCACAAACUACUGCCAGAAGGAAAUAUUUUUAAUUAGAGCUUUAAAAUGAACAACCAAAAAAAAAAAAGCCUAUAUUUGUUCAGAAGAAAAGUCUACAAUUUGUUUUCUUCCAGCCUUAGGUCUUCCGUUUGGACCGUGAGAACUAAGCUCCCUGAGUAGAGCUUUAGCUGUAAUUUUGAAUUGUCAGCUUGUAUUUUGCUACUGGUCUGUGAUCAACUAUUUAAACUUUCAUUCAUCUCUAGGGGUGUUUAAAGAUAAUUGCAAGUCAAUCGACCACAAAGAGGAAAGAGAGAAAACUGGUCAUUACUUGUGUUUGAAACUGACCCUAGUGUCCAUGGUGAAUAGAUGCUAACCUUGAAUCUAUGCAUAGGCUGAAAAAGGUGGCACAUGAACUGUGCGUGUAAUUUUAUGGGUAAAUCAAUCUGUUUUUAGUACAAUUCCUUAGGAUACUGUAUGAACGUGAUUCUAUAUAUUGAAAUCAGAAAUCUUACCACACACGAAAACAUCAGAAGCUGCCGCCAUAAUGACUAUUUUGUACUUUUGGCUGCUUUGGAAAUAAUCCCCAUAUCCUUGCUUUGUAAGUUGAUAUCACUAUGCAUUUCUACACAUUUUAUAAAUUUGAUUUAUGCAGAUUUUGAUACACUGUAUGUUUCUGUAGAAAUUGUAAAAAUACUCAAAAUUUUAUUAGGGUAAACUUGAGAAGCUUAUGUAUAUCUUAAUUCUGGGUUGCUUGUUUUUUAGGUGAGAAAAAAAUAAAAUACUGUAUUUUAAUCCAUA